CCUCUCUGCCUUUCAUCAUUCUGACUCUGGUGAAUGCACCAUAUAAGAGAGGGUUCUACUGUGGAGACGACUCCAUCCGCUACCCAUACCGUCCAGACACAAUCACCCAUGGACUCAUGGCUGGGGUCAUCAUCACAGCUACAUACAGCUUUGUCGUCCUUGUCUCAUCGGGGGAGGCCCACCUGGUGUCCACAGACCGUCUCUAUUCGCGCUCUGACUUCAACAACUAUGUGGCUGCCAUCUACAAGGUUCUGGGAACCUUUCUGUUGGGGCCGCUGUGAGCCAGUCUCUGACUGACCUGGCCAAGUACAUGAUUGGCCGUCUUCGACCCAGUUUCUUGGCUGUGUGUGACCCUGACUGGAGCCGGGUCAAGUGCUCUGGCUACGUGCAGCUGGAGGUGCGCAGGGGCAGCCCUGCUAAUGUCACCGAGGCCAGGCUGUCCUUCUACUCUGGCCACUCCUCCUUUGGCAUGUACUGCAUGUUGUUCCUGGCGCUCUACGUGCAGGCCCGGCUCUGCUGGAAGUGGGCACGGCUGCUAAGGCCCACCGUUCAGUUCCUCUUGGUGGCCUUUGCCAUCUAUGUGGGCUAUUCCCGAGUGUCUGACAACAAGCACCACUGGAGUGAUGUCCUUGUUGGCCUCCUGCAGGGAGCCUUGGUGGCUUGCCUUACGGUCUGCUACGUUUCAGAUUUCUUCAAAUCUCGGCCACCCCAGUCUUGCCAGGAGAAUGAAGAGUUGGAGCGUAAGCCCAGUCUGUCACGGACGUUGACCCUCGGUGACCGACCCUAGCUGCUAUGCUCUGGAAGCUGGGAAGCCACCUGUGGGCCAGUCAUGUGUCGGCCCCUUGUCCCUGAUCAGGCACUGCUGGCUUUGGAGCUGCCCUAGGGUCCUGGCUGGUGACUGUGGACCAGGGUCUUGGUGCCUGUCUGGCUCUGAGUGUGGGCAGGGCCCGUCCUCAUUGUUCCUUGACUCCAUGGCCUCCAAAGAUGUUGUCCUGCUCUGAGGGUGCCGUGUCCCAUCACCAAUGGGUUUUCGAGGAAUGCCAUCCCAGCAUGGCCCCAGGAAUGGUUGGUCGGAGACUGUUCAUGAAGUCAGCACCCUCCUUGAUGGCCCUCAGGGAGUGAAUACCUUGUUUGCCUGGGUGGGGCGGUUGGCCUUGGCCUUGGCCUUGGGCAGGGAUCACAAGUGUGAAGAUGGCUGCCAACCCUUGGGCUGCCUAGGAGUCUGGGUUGCCUGGAAGGUCACGUGUAGCUUUUGGUCUGAAUCC